AUGCUCAAGUCCCUCCGCCGCUCCUUCGGCAUGAGUCCCAGCUCGUCUGGCAUCCACUCCGACCAUAUUGGCAAUAGCGACGUCCCUACUGGCCUUCUCUCUCCUUCCAACAAGCCCAACACCUUUGUGCCCUUGCGUAGAUCCAACAGCUUUACCAACUUGUUUUCCUUCUCUCGUUCCUCCUCGCCGGUCAAGGAGAGCCUCGAGCACUCCCCCACCGAUACCCUCACCUCUCCUGCCAAAGAAGCCUCCUCAGCAGAAAGCGAGCAAACACACGCAGGCUUGGACUCGGACCCGGUCCUGGCCUCUCUCGUCUUGCUUGGAAAGAAGGGGAAGCGAGACGAACGCUUUCCGAUCCAGGCUCUCAAAACCACCAUCGGACGAUCGCUCGACAAUGACCUUCGUAUAUAUUCUUUCGGAGUCAGUCGACUUCAUUGCACCAUCAACAUCGAAGUACAGCAGCAGCAUCAGAGAGACGAAGGCAACAAGGCAUUCUUGCAAGUCUUUAGCUCGAAUGGUGUCAUCCUGAAUGACAAUCAUGCACUUCCCGCACCGUCUGGAUCAGGCCGGUACGAGCUGCACACUGGAGACAUUAUCAACAUCUCCGACCAGGCCUUCGUCUUUGAGCUCCCCCAAUCGUCCUCCGCCGAUGUGAAGGCGGCAGAAGCAAGUAUAGUCUCUUCACCAGUGAAAGGGGGUGUAUCUUCAAGCGCUGGUGCUCCCCAAACACCCGCUCCAGCCAAGAGGAGGCGCAUCAGGAUGAGCCUCGUCGACGCUGCUGAGAUCAACACGCCCAGUCGACCUUCUACCAAGUCCGCCUCUCCGUCCAAAGCUAGCAACCCAGAAAGGGAUGCUCGCAGGGCCGACAGCAUCAAGCGCUUCAUGCAGUCCGCCAACGUCAGUCCUGCCAAGUGCAACAAGAUCAAGUCGCGCCAAAGCCUCAAUGCCCCUGCUCCUUUCACUGACCUGUUCGGCACCCCUGUCAUGCGCCACAAAGCCCUGGUUGACCCCAAAACAGCUCCACCUAAGCAAGCCAGCUUCAACCUCUACGCAAAUUCUUUUACAGGCAGAUUGAGCCCCGUCAAGCAAAUGAGGAUGAUGCCGCCUCUCGAUACGAUGAACGAAGAGCAGGAAGGCAGCUUCCGCAGCGAAAAUCAGCAGCUACACGAAGAGCAGCAACUCGAAACCCACGAUGUGCAAAAAGACGAUGAGGACUCCGUAGAUUGCUUUGUCAUCAUCGAAGAAUUCGAACAGGAGCAAGAGCAGCCCGAGAUUAUAUCCUCAGCAGAUGAUCUGGUCGCAGUUUCACACGCCGUAACCGCUACGAACGACGUCGAGGACGAUGAAAAUAACUCGAUCCAAACGAGCAGUAACGCCUCCACACCCUGUGGAUCUCCAAACAAGAGCGACAGUCCCAAGCGUGCAAAGCGUCGCAGCAGCUUCUUUGGUCGCGCUGGGCCUUUCAGCGGCAUGAGUCUCGGUUUCUACGCCGAGGAACGCACUGACGAUAAAAAGGCACAUAUCCCAACGUCUGAGCCGCAGCAGGCGAGUCAGGUAGCCGAAGAGACAGAGCUGCACUUGUCCGAUGCCCCAGAGCUUGAGCCUCAGCCCAUGGAAGAGGAAGAGCUUGUCGAUGAGGCUGCCGAAAGUCCGACAGUCCACCGCUUCGUGCCUAGGUCCAUGACGCUAGGCAUCAGCAAGACGCCUUCUCCGGUUAAACAGCAACACUUUGUCGGCCUCACGCCUCUUCCUCGACGCCCCCGACUCAGCCUCGCCUCUCGACGCAAGGUCUCGCUUCGAACGCAAACACUUCUCCGGUCUAGUGAGGCGUACGCUGAUCGCCUCUUCCUACCUCCUCCUCCGCCGACGCCAGUCAGUAACAGUCCAUCCGGCUUGUCCAAGUCCAUGUCGAUGCCCAACAACAUCUCUGCAAUGGCAUCAUCACAACCACUGUCUGUUCUCGAGCCAUCGUCUACCCUCAGCUCGGACUUCAGCUUGCACUCCGACGACGGCCAGAACGAGCAGCCAGAAGCUGGCAACUUUGACGCCCAGCUUGACCCUGCUCUCAGUGAACACGAGGCUCAUGUGCAAGUAUGGAAGGCCUGUAGUGAGGGUGAGGACGAGGACGAGGACGAAGUAGACCAGAGCCUGUCUGUUCUUUCGCCAUUGGCUCCAAAAACAUCUGCGCACGACUUGAGCCCAGUCAAGGCCAUGACGCUGCCUCGAUUCGCCACUCCUCAGCCUGCCUCCAAGACGCAUUCACGCCGCAUCUCGAUGCCACUAGCAGGUGCUACGGACGCCAAACUCUCGAUCCGUUCAGCUUUGGUGCGUCUUCAGAUCAGUGGAGCUGGCGAGCGUAUCGUUCAUCAAAUCGCCCGCAAAGAGGUCGAAGCAGCCGCCACCAGCGUGGUCGAAGCGAUGCGAUCGUCUCCGACUAAGGACCGAAAAGUGGUCCGAGUUUCGGAUGUUGGUCUGCCGGCCACCGAGCUCUCGAUGGGCUUUGACCUGGUCGAGGAUGCGGCAGCUGAGCCAGAAUCCGACAAGAUUGCUCAGGCACUUGACGAUCUCUUUAAGGCCGAGGAAGACGAGCUGACUGACGACGAAGAGGCAGACGAAGAGCUUGAACAGCAAGAGGACAUUGUGCAGAUCAGUUGCAAACUGCAGCAAAGCCCAUCGCGUCCAAGCGAUGCAGUUGCUGUAGCACCCUUGCAGGCUCCUCAAACGCCAGCAGCGCUCAACUCGGUUCGUCACCUCUUCUCUGCUGCCUCUGCAGCUCCAGCUACACCCGACAUGCGUGGGCUUGGUGCCUUGCUCAAUCCCAGUCCAGAAAAGGCAUCCAAGUACGGGAAUUUGGCCGACAAGAUGCGAGCCAACCCGGACAUUGCCGAGCUGCUUUCGCCGUCCAGAUCGUCGCCGAAGAAGAAGGCGAUACUUGGCUCUGUACCUAGCCCAGUCAAAGGUAGACGUGGCGUACGUCGAAGCCAGGCAGCUGAAAUUGCUGCACCUGCGCCGGUCACUCCUCAAGCACGUGACUAUCAACUGGAUCCUGCUUCGCCUACUGUCACUUCAUCACUGCCAAGUUCGGAGGCACCGCCGCAAGUUCAGCCGGCAUUCGAGGCCGAGCUGCAAGUGACCAUGUUUGACGCGUCCGCGAUGGAUGCAGAGAACGAGGCGCUGGCACAGGCGCUGGCCGAGUCCAAUGUGCAAGAGGCUCACAGGGUGGAGGCAAUCGAGCCCAUCGCAGCUGAGCCUGCCAUUAACGAUCAUCUCCAAGAGGCUGCGGUACAAGUACAAGAGCCUGCUUCACUUCUGGAAAGUGAAGAACUCGGACAAACCUUGGAGCCGAUCCACUCGGUCAUCGAAGAAGUUGUUCACGAGGCUGUCGUUGAAGAGCAAGAGGCCGCUCCUGUGCUGGAAGGCGAAGAGCUCGGACAUGUGUCGGAGCCACUUCGUGAACCAGAAACCCUGGAGGUUGUAAAGGGAACGGAGGAAGCGAUUCGCGUGCCGACAGCAGAUGUCGUUCCUGUGGGUGCUGAACAGCAAGAGGCGCUGAACGCUCGCUCCGAAGAGCCAGCACCAGUCGAAGCAUCGCCUGCAAAGACUCGAACAUCUCGUCAUGCCGCUUCGGCCUCGCCCGUCAAGGGCACCGCCCGAUCUACUUCGCCCACCAAGCGUGCCCUUCGAUCUUCGCCCAUCAAGCGUUCUGCCGCGGCAUCAACCCAGGUUGCUCCGGGCUUGGCUCCAGAGACUGAAACGGCGCAAGAGGAGACAAUGCAGGAAGCUGCUGUGCCUACAGAACAGUCUCAGCCGGAGAACGAGCUGAUCGAGAUCGGACGUUCAACUGCCUCCAAGCCUGCUCGUCGAACGGCUGCUCGGAAAGCCAAGCUAGCAGCUACCGAGGCCAUCUCGACUACGCUUGCUCCAUCGGAAGUGUUCCAAAUGUCGUCGCCGGUGAAGGCGACCAGACGAGGCAAGACAGCAGCAGCGAAGAAGGGCAAAGAGGAGCGAGCGCACGUGGAAGAGGGGCAAGAGAGCGAGCAGGAAAGCGGGGAGGUGGAGCAAGUAGCACAAGACAAGGUCGAGGAAGCACCAAAGCGCGCAACACGAACGCGAAUCACACGUGGCGCUGGUGCUCCUGCUGCCAAGCCAGUGCGGGCACCUCGAAGUCGGGCGGCUAAGACCGGCGCUCCAGCUCUGCCGUCCUCGAGUGCUGGGUACGGAGAUGACGAGGCGAGCGAGGAAGACGUGGCUGCAAAGACCAAGCGUACCACGGCAACUCGAACGCGUUCCACCCGCACCCCUGCCGCAUCUCGCACCAAGUCCACGAGCAGAGCCACCAAGUCUACUGUACUUGAGGCGAGCGAACCGGAAGCGGAAGCGGCGGACGCGGACCCGUCAGUCCAGGACGACGAUCAUGUUGAGUCGCAAGAACAGCCAUCGCCGGCAAAGACAAGCCAAACGCGAGCUGCUGCUACUCGAACGACGCGUGCCAAAGCCGCAACUAGCGCGCCAACCAAAGCAAAACCCAAGGCGAAAGCAGCCGCCGAGGCGAUAGAUGUCGACGCAAGUGCCUCUUGCUCCACAACCACCACUCGAUCCGGUCGAACCACCCGGCGCACCGUCGUCACAAAGUAA